ACAAACGAUGGCGGUGCAAGUGAACUGGAGUUUUGAACGUGCUGUGCAAAACGUUAAUGGUUUGGAAGAUACAACCUCAAAACGGACUGAAUUUGAAAAGCAAACAGCGGAUGAUCCAAAUAUGACAUAUCGGCCGCAAUUUCCAGACGAGGGAGAAGAGCUGGACGAUGAGAAGCGGAGACGAAUAACCGAUGCGAAACAUGAGUUUUUUAACGGUCGUCAGAUUUUGAUCGGGCAUCUUCCACGGGACACUACAGAGAAGGAGAUUCGAGACCUGCUGGCGGACUUUGAGCUGAGAACGGUUACUGUGGAAACGGCGAAGCACUAUGGUGAGUCGCGAAACAGCCCGUCGCUGCAGUGCGACGACGUCACACGAGAGGCUGAGUGUCGGAUACGGUUGCUAAGGGCGUCGAGAUGCGGUUACUUGGGUCGCCACAGCAUCACCGUCGCACUGUCGUCGACGCUUACGCCGUGUAUCGAUUAG